AUGAUCAUAACGUCCUCCGUCAUACCACAUGUUCUCACACUUCGUAGUAAAAUAAUGUUAGUGAGUGCAAACAUUAUUAGUUCUUUGACAUCAGUCACACACUUCUUGAGAUGAAUGUCUCCUACUAUCUUUGGGCUAACAUCAUUCUGACUACCAUUUACUUUUUAGAAUUGACUUCCCUCCACUCUUCUUAGGGGGAGACAUUCUUCUCCAUCUCUUUCUAAAUUCGUCCUUCGUGCUCUUCAAAGGGUCUUUGUCGACUACUCUCGCAUGUAAAAGGGCUAUCAAGUCUACUUUCUUGAUACUCGUCACUAUGUGACCUCGACUAAUAUCACUUUUCAUGAAGAAUAUCAUUUCUUCUCUCCUAUUUUGACUCAUUGACGUGACUCAGUCGUUGUAUGUUAAAUCACGCAAAUAUAAAAUUUAUAAAACUAGAAAAUACGAAUUUUCGGAUAUUUAGAAGUAUUUCUAAAUAAAUAUAUCAAUUAUAAUUCAAUAAAAAUUCCAAAAAUAGCGGUAAUUUUCCAAGUCGAUCACAGGGAUGUAAUAUAAUAUCUGGUAAUUAUUCAGAAUUUUUCUCAAUGAGUAUGAUUUUCUUACAAAUUUUAUACUAGGAAAUAAAAAGGAAAUAUAUUUAAAAUUCACGAAAAAAAGGAAAUAAGGGUGCGGACGUCAGGAUGACGUCAGCGCCCGGCGAACGCGAAUCAGGCGGAAACAGAGUUCCUCCCGGCGAUUCUUACGUAGGCGAUUACAGACGACUCAAUUAAUCAAAUUAAGAUCUGUAAAAGCCAGAAAAAUCUUAAUUGAACGAAGUAUAGUUUGGUAAAUUAAAAUCAACAAAGUAUCACUAAAUGAAGCAUAAAUUAAAUUGAAAGCAAGAAAACAGAGUUCCGGCGUCGCGACGGCGAUGCGUCGGCGAUGCACCGGAAUCCUAAGCGUUCGGGAGGAUCGUCGUGCAGUGUCCACGGCCUCGAAGGCUCUCCUUGGACAAAGACGACAUGGACAAUCUCUAG